CUUUUAAAAAUUAUCAUAAUAGCAUAUCAGUUCGACCUAACGAAAAGUGUUAAAUGGGGAACUAAGCAAUUCAGAAUGGCUGGACAUAAUUUUUUGAGAAACAUGUUUUGAAAAUACAUUUUAACUGCAUUCAUGGUGGGCAUUUCCUUGUUGUCUUCAAUUCUGUAUCUUGCAAGAGUGCAAUUUUUGUGAGGCAAAAAGGACAUUGUCUAGUGUUGAAGUUGAUUAAAAAGUUGGUGAGUUAGUCCAGUAAUUUGUCAUAGCAAAUUUGUUCAGAGUAGAAGAUGGCAGCAGCAUAUCUGUCUUUAAAAUCAAAAGAUUCAGAAACAAUUGCAGCCUAUCGUUGCUCGACAUGUAAGAAUAAAAACACCGAGACCGAGGCAAAGGCUUACUGUAAAAAGUGUGAUUCAUGCUUUUGUGAACAAUGUGUCAAUCUACACAAUCAGUUGUUUCAAAACCACGCCAUUUAUGGGCCUGAAGAAAUGGAGAAGUGGCCAGUUGCUAUGGCUACACAGGAGUUUCUGGAAAGCUGUGAAGUCCAUAAGGGGAAGAAACUUACACUUUUCUGUGCAGACCACAGCCAGAUGUGCUGCGAUACUUGCAUUUUGCUAAGUCAUCGUCAGUGUUCAAAGGUGACCUUGAUUGCUGACGCCACUCUGUCUGCAACAGACAAUCAGCAAAUUUCAGCCAAGAUUAAUUCCGUUCUGAAUCAACUUUUGAAGCUGCAGACUAACUGGGAGAGCAACAUGAAGUCACUACAGGUUUCCUAUGAAGAGAGGCUUAAAGAGAUAAGAAGUAAGAGGGAGAGAAUAAAUGCCUCCUUAGAUGAGCUGGAGAAGGCCACACUGAAGGAAAUGGAGGAAGUUAAGGCCAGCUGGAAUGCGUCUCUCAAAUUUGAUGUUGACACAUGCUCCAGGCUUCGCACUGAGCUUACACGUCUGAGUGAUUCAAUACAGGAAAUUGGCAAAAAGAACGAAGAGUUGGCCUUCAUAGCGCGUCUGAAAAGUGAAGAGCUGAUAAAACAAGCAGACAAAUACCUGAACAACAAUUCGAUGCAAACAGAAUUGUCCUUAAAGUUUAUCAUUUACAAUGACAUUGAAGUGUAUUUAUCCAACCUGACAUGCCUUGGUCAUACCAUACACAUUACAAAAGAAUUGACCAUGCAGGGGAGCCCAGACCAGGCUAUCAUAGUCACAGGGGCAACUCCAGUGAGUGUGAGAACACCAAGUGAUACUAGUUCGUCGUAUUUUAUCAGCGGCAUGUGUGGAAUGUUCAAUGGUCAGAUACUUGUUAUAGAUUAUCAAAACAAGAGACUGAAGCUGUUGGAUCUGCAGCACAAGGUGGUCAGUGAAUGUGAUAUGUCUGGCUAUCCAUGGGACAUGUGUGUGAUCACCCCCUGCCAGGUAGCAGUCGCUGUGGACAGUUGUAUACAGUUUGUCUCAGUGAACAGUGGACAGCUGAUGAAGGGCAGGAGGCUACAGCUACAACAUGACUGUAAAGGAGUUGCACAUCACCAGGGAGACCUGUAUGUAACCAGCUCUGGCCAAGCUCUGUACAAGUACACUCUCACCGGAACACUUGUGAACAAGAUGUAUGAGGAUACAUCUAAUUCUCUCACAGUCUGGGGAUGUGCAGUGAGUCCCAGUGGUGACAGGAUCUAUGUUACCAUCCGUAACCAACACAAGCUCCUCACCCUGGCCAAGGAUGGGGCUGUUAUCUCCACCUUCACUGACACAGAACUUGCAUAUCCAUAUGGAGUAAAUGUGACGCCUGCAGGACAAGUGCUUGUUUGUGGUCGUAACUCAAACACUGUCAUACAGGUUGACAGAGAGGGCAAGAAGAAGAUUGCUACACUUGCUACACAGAAGGAUGGACUUAAGAGCGGCGCUGUAUCAGUCUUCUAUAAUCAGAAAACUGGCUCUGUCAUUGUUGGACAACGCAAUAAUGAAAACAUCCUGGUGUUUAAUUUAAAAUGAAAUCAAUGUUCCGAGAAAAGCAUCCUUAUUGUUUACAUUUUAUAUACAAAUUUUAUAAAGCCUAUUGAAAUUGAUGAGGUUCUUUAAAUGUCAGCAGACGUCAAAUGUUGUCCUUUUGAUUUUCUUUUAAUUUUGUUUAUGGUACAAGAACAGCUUCAAUUGAAAAAACAAGCUGAGAUGAUUUUGGGUUCACUAUAAAGCAUUUAAUUGUUUAUAACAUUGUGAUUUUAAUUGAUUAUCUUAAUAAACAAUGAUCCAUUUGUUUGAACACGGACUCUAGAUUACACGGAUAAGAAACGGGACCGUUACGCCAAAUAUCUUGUUGUGUCUAAGUCACGUGACCGUGUCAUAACUAUAGAUCUUUUAUCGAAGCGCCGAGGUUAUACAUUUGAUGUACCCACUCACGUAUUUUGUUAAAUUAUAGUUUCAUUUCUAGGCUGAUUUUGACAAAUUAUAUAUCAUUAGAAAGCUUACAUAACGUAGUUUUCAGAUAUAUAAAUAUAUAUUAAGUUUUUCUUCUGAUUUCGGCUGCUCCGCGAGUUAUAACUUUAAUUUUUGCAAAUAUCAUAUCGUUUUGGAGUUUUAGAAUCUAGAUUUACGGUUGACAUGUUCGUACUUUAUACCGAUUUGUAGCGUUUAUAUUUGGAGUUCAGUUUUAAAAAUAACAUCUUGCUUAGGAGAAUAGAAUUCUGUAUAUGAUAGAGAAAAAAAAUGGUUUAAAAAUGAAAGCAAGUAAGGAAUGAAGGCGGAAGAAAGUAGCGCGCGGUCCUAACGAACCGAACUGAUGCUAAGGUCUUGGUGAUUAUGCUUUUGUUUAGAUACCGGCCAUUGAAUUUCCUUUGUCAUGAUUAUUAUAUUUUUUAUGAAAUAUAUUGAAAUAUUUUGUUCUAGAGACAUAUCAAUAAAGCUAAGUAUUAAAGAAGCUUAAUAAAUUCACGAUUUCAGCUCUUGAUUAUAACACAGAAAGGGUGUUAAUUUUAUGAUGAAACGGCGUAUAUAGCGGACCCUCUUGAUAUUUUGCGGCUUUGCAUACUUCAAAUAUAAUGGGUGUCAAAACAUUCAUUGUUUUUUGUUUAUUAUCAAAAAGGUAAUUAUGUUAAAUUAUAUGAAAGGUUAUUAACCAUAAAUUAUCAAUUAAUUAAAGUUAUUUAAAGAUUCUUGAAAAUCACGGUCAACUGUCUAUGCAUGUAUAUUGAAAUAUCUUUAUAAGUUAUCAGAGUUAUAAAUAUAUAGAAUUCUAAAUCAAAACUCUGUAUUAUUUGUAUUUUUCGGAAAGAUUAUUUAACCCCGUUGUGGUCAAAUGAGAAUGCUGUUUUUAAUCAUGUUGUUCUGUACACUACCAUACACUCUUUAUAGGACUACAAAAUGACGGAGUUUUUUACCGGUACCCGCUAAAUACGUUAAAUAUUAAGUAUUAGAUUUUUUAAAUGUUUAAAAUGUACAUGUAUAGGUAUUAAGCACUUAUAAUUAUUAUGAUUAAGCUGGCUGACAUCUAUACAGUAUUAAGUUUAUGGCAAUCUGUAUGGGCAGAUGACUAUAAAUGUUUUCAAUACGCUACAUAUCUUAUAAACGCAAAAUUGAGUAUUUGGCGUUACAUUACUCCAAGAAAUGACCACUAAUACCACGAGAAGACAUGGAGCUAUCAUAAAAAGUGUAAACUGACCAGACAUUGCCACCUGUGGUUAGGGACCAAUAUACAAGUAUAGGUCCCUGCUGUGGCGUAUGACACCAUAGUGUUAUUUAGUAUUGGUCGGCACAGUAUCUGAUCAUAACGAGAUAAUUGGUUUGUGCUGAACACAGGCGCAAUAAAACCACAGAUCUAUCAAUAAACAAGAUUAUUGAGAUAUCUUUUAUUGAACACCGCGAUAAAAAUGCUCAAACCACGGACUCUAGAUUACACGGAUAAGAAACAUGGCAACAUUCUCAGAAUCAUCACUGCUAUAUGUGUAAUCACCCAACAAUUCGUCUAAAAUAAUUUAUAUAUUUGAGUUGGAGACGAUGUACUGUUGUAUAAGUCUGAAUAAACUAUCUGUCUGCCUGUCUAAAUCUAAGCCGUCAGCGUCCCGGUGAAAAAAAUCUGAUUUUGAAUAGUUGGACAUGAUGCCCUGAUGUCAAAAUACGAAAUGACCCGCGUAAAACCGACCAUGAUUUUCAAGAAUCUUUAAUAAAUUGAUAAUUUAAGGUAAAUAACAUUUCAAAUAAUUAUACAUAAUUACCUUGUUGAUAAUAAACAGCAAACGAUGAA